CCCUCGGGCGCGCGGGGCCGCGGGGCGCGGGCUGGACCGGGGCCGGGCCGCCCUCCUGCUCCCCCCACCGCAGCCCCAGCUUUCCCGGUGCAGUCGCGGCGCUCGCAGACUUUCCCGCAAAGUGGAGUGAAGUGUGCAUCUCCAGGGCUGCGGAGCCGAGGGGCUCGCGGUGCCCGCAGCGCAGGAGGAAAAGAGCCGGAGACAUCGCAUUUGAAGCCUGCAAAGACAAUCCUGAGUGGUAAUUGUGAAUGGUAUUACUGUAGACGCCGCCUGCGAGCAUCUGAAAUGAACCUCUCACAUUGAUUGUUUUUAUUGGUUGGGAGCCAGGAGGAUUGGAUUCCGUUGACUUCCAGCUAAAGAGAAAAUAGUCCUGGUCGUCAUCACAAACCUCUGCACCAGUGUGACGAUGAAAUGAGAUGAGGCUCCGCAAUGGAACUGUGGCCACUGCUUUAGCAUUUAUCACUUCCUUCCUUACUCUGUCCUGGUACACUACGUGGCAAAAUGGGAAAGAAAAAAUAAUUGCUUAUCAACGAGAAUUUCUUGCUUUAAAAGAACGUCUUCGAAUAGCUGAACACAGAAUCUCCCAGCGCUCUUCUGAGCUAAGUACCAUCGUACAACAGUUCCGGCGUGUAGGAGCAGAAGCAAAUGGAAGUAAGGAUGCAUUGAAUAAAUUUUCAGAUACGACCUUAAAGCUACUGAAGGAGUUAACAAGCAAAAAAUCUCUUCAAGUGCCAAGUAUUUAUUAUCAUUUGCCUCACUUACUGCAGAAUGAAGGAAGCCUGCAGCCCGCUGUGCAGAUCAGCAGUGGGAGAACUGGAGUUUCAAUAGUAAUGGGAAUCCCCACAGUGAAGAGAGAAGUUAAAUCUUACCUCAUAGAAACUCUUCAUUCCCUUAUUGAUAACCUGUAUCCCGAAGAGAAGUUGGACUGUGUCAUAGUAGUCUUCAUAGGAGAGACAGAUAUUGAUUAUGUACACAGUGUUGUGGCCAACCUGGAGAAAGAAUUUUCUAAAGAGAUCAAUUCUGGCUUGGUGGAAGUCAUCUCACCUCCUGAAAGCUACUACCCUGACCUGACAAACUUGAAGGAAACAUUUGGGGACUCUCAAGAAAGAGUAAGAUGGAGAACAAAACAGAACCUUGAUUACUGUUUUCUCAUGAUGUAUGCUCAGGAGAAAGGCAUGUAUUACAUUCAGCUUGAAGAUGAUAUCAUUGUCAAACAGAAUUAUUUUAAUACUAUCAAAAAUUUUGCACUUCAACUUUCUUCUGAGGAAUGGAUGAUUCUGGAGUUUUCCCAGCUGGGCUUCAUUGGUAAAAUGUUCCAGGCGCCAGACCUCACUCUGAUCGUGGAGUUCAUAUUUAUGUUCUAUAGGGAGAAACCCAUCGACUGGCUCCUGGACCACAUCCUCUGGGUGAAAGUCUGCAACCCCGAGAAAGACGCAAAACAUUGUGAUAGACAGAAAGCAAAUCUGCGAAUUCGCUUCAGACCUUCCCUUUUCCAGCAUGUCGGUUUCCAUUCAUCACUGUCUGGAAAAAUUCAGAAACUCACGGAUAAAGAUUACAUGAAACCAUUGCUUCUUAAAAUCCAUGUAAACCCACCUGCAGAGGUAUCAACUUCUUUGAAGGUUUACCAGGGCCACACACUGGAGAAAACUUAUAUGGGGGAAGAUUUCUUCUGGGCUAUAACCCCAAAUGCUGGAGACUACAUCUUGUUUAAAUUUGAUAAGCCAGUCAAUGUAGAAAGUUACUUGUUCCACAGUGGCAACCGGGAGCACCCGGGAGACAUCCUGCUGAACACCACUGUGGAUGUUUUGCCUUUAAAGAGCAAAGGCUUGGAAAUAAGCAAAGAAACCAAAGACAAACAAUUGGAAGAUGGCUAUUUCAGGAUAGGAAAAUUUGAGAACGGUGUGGCAGAAGGAAUGGUAGACCCCAGUCUAAACCCCAUUGCAGCCUUUCGCCUUUCAGUUAUUCAGAAUUCUGCUGUUUGGGCUAUUCUUAAUGAGAUUCAUAUUAAAAAAAUCACCAAUUGACCAUCUAAGAAAUCAACACAUUUUUCCCUCUGAAUCUGUUAAGAUAAUUUAGCAUGAAUUUUUUUUUUUAAACUUGAACACUACCUCUUGUGAAAUCUACUGUAGAGAAGAUGAUUGUCAUUUCCACUUGGAAAGUGAAUCACCCAUGGAUAAUUGUAUUCAUUUGAAAUUACACUGUCCUCCAAUUUUAACUUAACCCAAACAUUUUACAAUUAUGACAGCCUGUUGAUAUGACUUGUACUAUUUUGGUAUUAUACUAAUACAUAAGAGUUGUACAUAUUGUUACAUUCCUUAAAUUUGAGAAAAAAUAAUGUUAAAUACAUUUUAUGAAGGGGGUACUUUUGAAGUUCAUUUAUUUUACUAUUAUAGACCCUCUUUUAUAGAUUAUCAGGGAUUAUAUAUAAAUAUAAAUUACAUACAAAUGUUAUGGAGUUAAUUUAUUAGAAACACUUAAGAAGUACAUAUUUUUGUGCAGUAAAUUUUGGAAUCGAUACUUUUUUUGAAAACCAGUUACCUUGCUUUUUUAAGUUCUUUCUAUAUUUUUUUUUGAAAUGCAAACAUUACAAAUCAAUGCCAUUUUUCAAAUGCACUGCCAUUUAAGAUUGAUUAUAGAUGGAUUUCUUAACCGAAGUACUUUUCUAAUCAUAGCGACUCUGAACAAAAUAUUUUCAAGGCAUUUGUCAUUCUUUAAAGCCAAGAUUUUAAAGACCAGCGUCCUUCUUGGGGGUUCUUUUACUGUACUGUGUAUGGUACACAGCCACGAGAGAUCAGCGUGGUGAAUUUCAGCGUGCAGGUGGGAUACAUUCAACCCAAAUCACCAGCGAGUUGAUGCCUAACUUUCCUCCAGCUGAAGAUGAGAAACACUUCUUUUCUAACCUUUGUCUUUAAUUCAUGAGUUAGAUGCAUUUUGUCCCUUUGGUCCUUUUAUAUCUGCUUUCAUUUUCUGAGUUCUGACAAAAUGUCUUCUGUGUAAUGUUCUUGUAUGAGUCAUAUAACGGGUAUAAUUUUAAAGAAAAAAAUUGUAAUAUUGAUUUUUGGUGAAAGGUAUUGUAGCAGUUGUAGGUUUUUCCAGAAUAAUUUAUUCUACUGCGUUGCAUUAUGAACUUACAGGUAAAGCAUGUGUCCAAAAAGAGCAUUUAUUACUCUUAAUACACACAAUUCCAAAUAUUGUUACUAUCAAGAAAUAAUUUCAUCAGUCUCAGCAAUCAGUUGUCUUUACAGAAUAAAGGUAUGAACAGGGCUCAGUUCCCAGCCAGUCUGCUCUGACAGCCCCGUGGACUGCUGCAGAGACUGAUGCCCUGGGCUCUGUGUGCCCCUGGCAGGGGCCUGGGCUAUGGGAGAUUCCAUCUGGUGGCAUCCAGCUUGGAAGAACUUCAUCGGUGACCCAGUGUGCACAGAAAAUAACACCAGGGAAUAUCAUUUUCUAUGCAUUGUUACGAAGGGGAAAAGGUAGGAAACGUUGACAUAGUACAGUUAUUUCCAUCACUCUCUAUUGUAAUAGUUUUUAUUUUUCUUGAUUGGAAAAUCCAUGAUGGUAUCAAUAAUUUUUAUAGCAAAGUCCAGUUGGAAUUUUUUAUUAGGGGUUUAGAUCUUCUCGUUUUCUUUAAUUUACUUUUUAUUUUCUUCUCCAAUUUCCUUAGCUCAGUGCCCACAAGCAGAUUUCUUCAAAAAGAGGUAUAUAGUUAUAAAAUGUUGGCCCCAGCUUUUAGUACACUAGGGUACUGAUGAAGCAGCUAAAUAGCAGAAGGUAAAAGUCUGUGCAAGAAGGGUCUAGGAGUCCCCUUGAGUUUGGUUCCUCAGUAGCCAACUGUGACUUAAGGAAGACACACUAUGCUCUGAAAAUAGAGGGAGGAGUGUGUGUUUCUGACAAACUGUGAGCUCCUGAGGCCAGCCUGUAAUUGGUGCUGCUCAGUCCACUGUGGCAAGCACUGUGUGACUGUGUUAGCUGCUCCCUAUUUUUAUCCCAUCCAGCACUAGGCAAUCAGCAGCUAUGGUGUCCCCAAGCAAGAAACUGUCGGGGGAGCCCUACAGGGUAGUGCUGAGGCAGAGUGGGAGGAGGUGAAGAGUGUGUGGAACUGGAAGAAGAUAAAUACACCAAACCACUUUUACCAAUGCAGUGGAUGAGAAAAGUGUCACAUGGUGGACUAAUUAUAUGUAUAGAAGGGCAUAGUUUGACAUCUGGUGUGUAUUUCAGAAUAAACUAUUCAGACUCUUGAGCAGUGCUGGCCUAUACAAUAGCCACUAGAUGCAUGAUGGCUAUUUAAGUUAAAUAAAAAUAAUUCAUUCUUGCAUCUGCACUAGCUACAUUUCAAGUACCUCAAGUACCCAGUGACCAUCAAAUUGGACACCAGAGAUACAGGUCAUUUCCUUCAUUGCAGGAAGUUUUGUUGGAUGGUAUUGUGUCAAGAGUGCUGAUGUGAUACUUUAGAAGCCAGAAUUCAUUACCGAGGUUAAAAGCAGACCUGAAUACAUUAUAAUGCAAAUGAGUAUUUGGGGGUAAGGUCCAAGAUGUCUUAGUUCUCUGUUAGACUACUGUUCUUAGCAUGCACUGUAUCAUACCAUGUAGUCAAAAAAGUGAUUGAAAACUUUAGAACAAGUUAGUGCAAACAUAUAGCAUGUGGACUAGACAUGUAGGUAUAUGUUCAGCCAUUAGAGAUGUCUUUAAACAAAGGGACCCUGGCUUUGCAAAGCAGUGGCUUCACUGUAAAGAAUUAGAAGGUGUCAUUGUUUAAAAGCCAUUGGCGAAGUUGUAAAGGCUUCUUUUAAAUCUUUCAUAAUAAGGAAAAACAAAAUCAUCUCCCAACAAUGCUGUCUCUGAAAGAAAAGUCAGGUUAUAUGGAAACAGCACACUGGAGAUUGUUCCAGUUAAGAGCAGUGUGUAUUUGUGCUGAGGCAGAAUCAGAAGAGUGAUCCCCACCCGUUGGCCAUGUAUAAUAUAAUCCCCUCCCCUGAACAUGGGUGGAACUGUGUGAUCCAUAGUUAUGCUAUGGUAUCUACAGCAGAGGGCAAACUAUCCAAUUAGUACUAAUCCAAUGUCAGCCCUUUCCAGGCAAUCUCCUCAGAGGACGACUCAAAACACCAUUGCUGGUUUAAAGGGGGAAGGGGCUGCAGAAGGUACAGAAUGGGCAUGUGGAGAGAGGCUCUGGCUGCCAGGCAGGAAAAUGAGCCUGCAGGCCUAUAGCCAUGGGAACCAAGUGCAAGCCACAUGUUCAUUCAGAGGCUGAGAAGUGGGUUUGACUUCAGAGCCACCCUGGCCAGCACUGUGGGAUCCUCAACAGUGCUGUUAGGCCGGCUUGGACUUUUGACCUGCAGACCUGACAUACCUGGGUGGUAUUCUGGCCGUUAGAUCUGUGACUUACUCUGCAGCAGCAGAAAAUGAAUGUAAUAUGUAUUUGAAAGCAGUAAAGAAGUCUUCAUCCUUGAUUUCUGGUUGUAUGCUGGAUUUUUAUUUUGAUAAACACGUGUACUCUUCAUUAGCAAAUCAUAUUCCUGCGCUUUAGCUAGAAUGUUCUCUGCCAGAAAUCUGAGUCUUUGUUAGUAGGUUCUUAGUAAAAGAGCUGCAGCAUUUUGGUAGUUAUCUUAUGAAAGAGCUGCAGGAAUGAGACUGAUUGUAAGGAAUGGUUUUUCCUAGAUGAGGUGUUUAUACAGAUUUAGACAGACUGAUCUGAAGUGUACAGAAGAAUGAUGAACAGUGGUGUUUUAGAUCAGAUAUCUAAGAGAAGAAACAUGCCUUUAUGUAGUUUAGAUAGACACUAUGAGGGACUUGUUUUUAAAAUCAAUUUAUCUAACACAGAUCAAACCCUGUUUGUGCCAACCAAAUUUUAUACUUAUGGUAAUGUUUUCCAAAAUACCUCUGCUUUUAAGCUGUUAAUUACUAAGGAAGUUUGUUUUUAUUUUGGUUUAUCCAUUAAUUUUUUGUGCUUAUUUUUAUACUGCCAUAGCCUUGAUGUAAGACCAAUAGAGCUAAAUGAAAAGAACAUUAGAGGCUGUUAGACUGUCACAAGAUCACAAAUUUGUGUCAUAUCAUAUCUUCACAUUAUAGGAGAACAUAAAUAUCCAAUCCAAUCUCAUUAUAGAAAAGGAAACUUUCCCAAGCUAUGUACCAAUAUUUAUAGUCUGUAAAUUUUAAUAGUGGUAAAAUUUUAAAUUAAUCUUAACCAAUAUAUAUUAUAACUAGUUUGCUUAUUUUAAUGCAUGUGAAUAUACAAUGCUAAAAAGACAGCAGUAUUAUUUUUUUAAAUAGCAACCAAACCAAGGAUUUUGUUGGAGGUACACACUUAUAUCAUCAUCAUCACAGCUCGGUGUAAACUCUUCUUACCUUACCUUAAGCACUCCUUUUUCCAGCUUGGGCACAAGUAGGUCUCUGUCAAAGAAUAAAGAGGAAAGGCGCUGGCACUGUUGUGUGCAUGGGGCGAGUGGAAGCUGACUUUAUUUAAGACAGCAAAGGGAAUGUUGAGGGGAAGGGGAAGCACUUGCACAAAGCGAGUCCACUUGUUAAUGCUGUAGUAAAAUGUAAAGAACAGCAGUGCUAAAACUGGUCUGAAAUAAGGAUUGUUCCUCGUGGUAAAUCUUUUAAUACUUUUGGACGUUAGGGAGGCUAUCUUGUAUUACGUGCUCUUAGUAGAUUCAUUGUAUUAGUCAUUAGCAAAUUGUCCUAGAAUCAAAGGUUCAGUAUGUCAGCUUGGUUAGCAUUCCAUUACUUACCUGAAAUGCUCUGUGUUUGCCCCAAUUUGGUGAAAAUACCUUUGAAGACAUAUUCUCUGAGCCUUAAAAAUGGCUGAUAUCGACAGUACUGUAAGAUGCACUGCCAGCAGAUUUGAUACUUUCAUUUCAGUAGAGACAGUACGUUUUUUAAAGGAAGAUUUAGAAUCUGUUAAGCCUAACGAUUAUGUUUCAUUUGUGGAAUGAGAACUAAAGCUUGCGCUGUUCCGCACUCUUCCUCUGGGAAGGCUCCUCUGCAUCCAGGAGACUCUGGAGCACCCCCCGAAGCUGCCAGAAGGUCUCUGCCAGGCUGUGCCAGACUUUUCUUUCCAAAUGUAUUGUACAUAUUUUUCUUAAAAUGUCUUCAUGGAUUGGACAGUUAAUAUAUUUAGUAAUACUUUAGGUACCUGUUGGAUUUUUACAGGAAGAUUAUUUAUUUUCAAGUUUGCUGCUAUAAUUGAAAUCCUAAUAACUGGUCCUGUUGACUGUGCCUUUCAUCCCUGUUUCUGUGCCACAGCCGUUCAUGUGUAUUUGAAAUAAAGAACUUUUAAAAGCCA